AAAUGAAUAGAGACAUAUUGAAGGGUGUAGUGAUCACGUUAAGACUUACCUGUCCACCAAUCUGUCACUCUUUAUUUUACACAACUUCUUUAUUAUUAUUCUCUCUCACUUUUUAUAUAUAAUUCAAUUCGCUCUCCUUCUCUCUCUAUCUCUGCCCUUUCUUUCUCUCUCACACACAAACACGAUCCAAUGACGACGAGCAACAACGUGAACGGAUGUUUCGGAGACACGAAGCUGACCAAAGUGUUCGUAGGAGGAUUGGCUUGGGAUACUCACAAAGAAGCAAUGUAUGAUCAUUUCAUCAAGUAUGGGGACAUCUUGGAGGCAGUCAUUAUCUCCGACAAACUCACUCGCCGUUCCAAAGGAUAUGGCUUUGUGACUUUCAAAGAUGCGAAAGCUGCCACGAGAGCUUGCGAAGACUCUACUCCGAUCAUCAAUGGCCGCCGUGCCAACUGCAAUCUCGCCUCCCUCGGUGGCCGUCUUCGUAAAUCCCCUACCAUGACCUCUCCUCAACAAGGACCAAAAAAUGGGAACAGGGCCACGCCACCACAUGUUGGAAAUCAUUCUCAGUGGUACUACCCGUCCGGAUUCACAAACCAGCAACAUCAACAACAAAAUCAUCAAGCCGUUCCUUUCUAUGGGUACCCUUCCGCCUACGUUGCCCCGAACAUGACCUUCAAUCAAAAAGUUGGAUAUGUCGGAGGAACCUAUAUGAACGGAUACUAUGCACAAAUGCAACCACAACCGCAAUCGCAGCCACAACCGCAAUAUUACCACCAUCACAUGUAUGGUGGAGGACGAGUUAUGGUUGGGGCAGCAAGUCCAAUGGUGCCUUUCUACACUGUCUAUCCUUAUCAUCAAUCUCAAGCCAUCGGGUUUCCACAACCUUCAUUUUCGAAACCUCUUUCUUUUUCCACUCCUCCUAUAUCAGGUAUUUGUCAUUCUAUUUCUAAACCUUAUAACGGAAGCUAGUCACUAAAAAGAUAUCGAAAAUUACAUAUCUGGAUAAUUAAGUACUAUAGCAAUAAUCAUUUGAGAAAAAAAAUAUACAUAUCAGAAUCAACAUUUGGUUUCACAUACGUACUUAGUUAAUAUAAAUUUGCUGCUUUUUUUUUUUUCUUUUUUUAUCUCUCUUUACGACGACUACAAUUUACAAAUUAGUAAUAUUAUACAUUCACGUAACGUGUCUUCUUCACAUAUAGUGUUGUUCUUUAAUCUUAACCAUCUAGCUUCUGUCUAUCCAUCAUUUUUUUGUUUACUCUAUAUAUAUGCACCAAAUAAAACUGAUGAGACAUACGCACACAUGCAUACACAAGUUGAUCACGUUAUUAAGUUGAUGUCAGUCAUGGCCUCAUGUGCCCAUGAUGUAAUUAUCACAUGGAUCCACCCUCAGCUAGCUAGGCCCUGCUUUGGCACGUGAUCCCUCGCUGUAGCACGUGUGUCUGUAAUAAUUUAGUUGGAUCUUGGUGCUUAUAGGUUAAUAAAAAACGGAAAGGUCUCUUACAUGCAAGAUGUUGUGAUCUUCGUGUGUCGGAAAAUCUAUUAAACUGAUUUUAUAAAGAUUUGCGUUUUUGACUCUGUUGAAUAGGCACAGUUGGAGGAGAGAGCAUACAGAAGAAGGCCAUACAUUGAUAGGCUAGAAGCUGUUAAUCAAACGAUUGACUCAGCCCAAAAUUAUUCAUUUUAUCCAUCUCACUAAGCUUUAUUUUUUUCUAGAGACUUGUAUUUGUAAUAAUUUAAUUUCGUUACAUUUAAUAAUUUAUUCAUUGAAGCUAAGCUGACAAGUUUUUUUUUUAUAUAAAAUCGCUUUAUAAUGAAGUGUU